CAUAAAAUUUAAUGAGCAAGUACUAGAAAAUUAAAUUUCAAAAAUAAAAAUUAUAUUUUAAAUUUAAUUGUUACGAAAUUCAUUUUAAAAUUGCAACACAAUUGACAAAUAUGUGAUCUAUUAUUUUAUCACUCGUACUGCACUUUAUUAUCAAACAUUCAAAGAUUACAGAUAGCAACUAAAUAAAUAAUUAUUUAUUAAUAUAUUUAGCACGUGCUAAAGUGUACAUGGUAACCAUAGUGUUUACAAAUAAUUAAUCAUGGUGACUCGAUUAAUCUGUAGCAGUUUUCCUCGUUUGACAAAACAUCAAAUAAAAAUAGGGGAAACAAAAAUUUUUCCAAGUAAUCAUCUAAUUUAUUAUAAUAUACUUUCAAAAUAUAAGUCAAUAAUCGUUACGAGGUCCAGUAGUGGAAACAGUAUUGACCGAGCCCAAGCAAAACAGAAUAUUCCACAAGCUAAACCUGUAAUUACACCUGUAAAAAAUUCAUUAAUUGUUGAUGGAGUUACUGGUAACAGACCUGGGCAACAAAAAAGAAAUUGUUUCCAUCCAGGAGUCUCCAAUUUAGGUGAUCAAACUUUUAAUUUAAAAGAUAGUCCACCGAUAACAAGUUCGGAGAUGAUAAAAGCAAUGCUCAGUUACAUUUGGCCAGAAGAUGAUCCAGAAAUACGUAAAAGAGUUAAAAUAGCAGUUGGUUUAUUAGUAGGUUCAAAGGUAGUAAGUGUUACAGUACCAUUUUUUUUUAAACACGCAAUAGAUAAACUUAAUGAGGUAUCAGUAUCAGCUGGAGGUGAUGCGAUUCUCAGUUUAAAUACAGCACCAGAUACAGUUGUCACAAUAGCAACUUCCCUUCUUUUAGGAUACGGUAUCGCGCGUUGCAGCGCUGCUGGUUUUAAUGAAUUAAGAAAUGCCGUGUUUUCAAAAGUUGCACAGAAUUCAAUUCGCAAAAUUGCUAGAAAUGUUUUCCAACAUCUGCACAAUCUUGAUUUAUCUUUUCAUUUGACAAGACAAACAGGAGCGUUGUCGAAGACAAUUGAUCGAGGAAGUCGUGGAAUUAAUUUUGUUUUAUCAGCAAUGGUAUUUAAUGUCGUGCCAACAAUAUUUGAAUUGGCAUUAGUCAGUGCGAUAUUAGGAAUUAAUUGUGGGAUUGAGUAUUCAGCAAUUUCUCUAGGAUGCGUUGGUAUUUAUACAGCAUUUACUCUCGGUAUAACUCAGUGGAGGACUAAAUUUCGUGUUUAUAUGAACAAAGCUGAAAAUGAAGCUGGUAAUAAAGCUAUCGAUUCACUUAUUAAUUAUGAAACAGUUAAAUAUUUUAAUAACGAAAAAUUUGAAGCUGAAAGAUAUGACGCGUCGUUGAAAAAAUAUGAAGAGGCAUCAUUGAAAACUAGUACCAGUUUAGCAUUACUUAAUUUUGGACAGAAUUUAAUUUUUAGCGGCGCCUUGACGUUAAUUAUGUUGAUGGCUGCUAAAAAUAUAAUUAAUGGAACAAUGACUGUUGGUGACUUAGUUAUGGUCAAUGGAUUAUUAUUUCAAUUAUCAGUUCCAUUAGGAUUUCUAGGAUCCGUUUAUCGCGAAGUUAGACAAGCGUUGAUUGAUAUGCAAACAAUGUUUUCAUUAAUGGCACGACCGCCAGCUAUUGAAAAUAAAUCAAACGCUAAAAGUUUUGUUAUUUCACCAGCAACGUCAAAUAUUUUUUUUGAUAAUGUCAGUUUUCAAUAUAUACCAGGAAAAACAAUAUUAGACAACAUUUCUUUUACUAUUUCAAGUGGAAAAAAAGUUGCUAUUGUGGGUGGAUCUGGAUCUGGAAAAACGUCAAUCGUUAGAUUAUUGUACAGAUUUUUUGAUCCACAGCAGGGUAAUAUUUUAAUAAAUGAUCAAAAUAUUUCUAGUGUCAAUUUAAAUGAAUUGAGACAAGCAAUUGCAAUUGUACCACAAGAUUCAGUAUUAUUUCAUGAAUCGAUUUAUUAUAAUUUGAGUUAUGGAAAUUUAAAUAAAAGUAGAAAUGAAGUUUACGAAGCAGCAGCGAUGGCUAAUUUGCAUGAUGUUAUUCUUAAAUGGCCUAAAGGAUAUGAUACUCCGGUGGGUGAAAGAGGCUUAAAAUUGAGCGGCGGUGAAAAACAAAGAGUUGCCAUCGCGCGGGCUAUUUUAAAAAAUAGCCCGAUAUUGAUAUUCGACGAAGCUACGUCAGCUUUAGAUUCAAUAACAGAAUUACAUAUUUUGGAUGCAUUACGUCGUGCGACUGUUGGACGAACUUCAAUCGUUAUUGCUCAUCGUCUAUCGACAGUUAUGGAUGCAGACGAAAUACUAGUUUUAGAAAAUGGAAAAGUUGCUGAAAAAGGAACGCAUCAAGAAUUAUUAAAAAAAACAAAAUCUGUAUAUAAGAAUCUAUGGAAUGUUCAACAUUUAGGUGUCAUCGAUUCCGACGAAAAAAAUAAUCCAAAAGGCAAUAAUUAAAAUAAUAUAAAUUGUAUUUUUUUUUCACUAUAUUUAAUUAAUUAUAAAUAAUUGUAAAAUAGUUGGCACAUCAAUUAAUUUGGUGAUUGAAAGUAAAAAAAAAAAUAGUGGGUUUUAAAGGCAGAUGUCUAUUAAACAGAUCCCGAUGACGCACAUGUAUUGAUGAUCCAGAUCCCUAAAUAUCGAUAUUCCCAUUACUCAGAUUCCUGAUGAUACAAACAAUCAAUCACCCAGAUCCUGAUGACACAGAUUGACUUUCUUACUUACUGACCGUAAAUAUUAAAUAGAAAAGAAUAUUUUAAAUUUAUUUUUCUAUAAAUAUUUUUACAUGGUAAAAAAUCCAGAUUUUCAACAGAUUUUUUAUGCAUUUUCUUAAACGAUGACAAGUUCUGAUUUUCUAUAAAUUUUCUUAGACAGUAACAAGUCCUGGUUUACUAUAGAAAUUCUAUAAAAAUUCUCAGAAAUUCUUGAAUCCAAUAUUUUCUUUUUGAUUUAAGAUUUACAGUCAAAAAGUAAGAAAGUCAUUCUGUGUCAUUAGGAUCUGGGUAAUUGAUUAUCUGUAUCAUCGAGCUCUGUGUAAUAGACAUGCACCCGGUUUUAAAACCAAAUUUAAAAAAAAAAUUGAAUUUCGAUUUAUAAAAAUUUUUAACAAAUUAAAGAAAUAGACUGCGAAAGUUCUAUGAAUUUUUAUAAUAAAGUUUUUUUGAUGAAUGUGAAUGUAGCUGACAGUUAAUAAUUUUUUGAAUUUUGGAAUAAAUAAAUAAAAUGUGAGUAGAAAUUUUAAAAAAUGCGUAUUUAAAUAAUUGAAAAAUCAGUACGCGCUUUUUUUCAAUUUCAUUAUUUUUAUUUAUUUAAAAUUUAUAAAUUGUCUCAUAUCUGCCACAUCCACAUUUAUAUAUUUUUUUUUUAUAUAAUUAUAUUAAUAAUAUUUAUUGUUGAUAACUUGGUUUUAACAAAACUUAUUUGUUCAAGAUUUAAGUGGAAUAAACUCUUAAAUGUAACAAUUUAUUGUCAUUAGAUUUGAACACAAUGAUCUGAAAAAAUUACCGGAUACUUCAAUUUUUCAAAAUUCGAAAAAACUGCCAA